AUGGAGCCACAGCGCUUUUCCCAAAUGGGAUUCGAUAACCCCGCGAAGGACUCUGAAAAGUCGGGCAACAUCAUCCAGCUUCCGAGUGGCCCAAGCGAAACUGAUCUUAUGCGCUGGGACAUGUUGAAGAUCACUCACAGUACAGGAAAAUCAGUUCCGUUGACUAAUUCCCACUUGAAGUGCCUGCUCCGAGUAUUGCAAGAUGACCAUCCAUCUUAUACCGAAGAUGAGAUACACGAAAAAGCAGAAUUUGCGGUUCUCUUCGAGGACAGGAUGGGUGGACCAGGCGGGGGAGACGGUAGCUUGUUCAGUUUUUAUGAUAUGCGAGCGUUGGAGUUGAUCUUGAAAAUCCCCUUCAUGGAUCGAGCAAGGGUUGAUGCAUAUGAACUAGACAUCUGCAUAGACAUUUUUACGGCGACCACACCCGCAGGGAAUCAAAAAAUGAUGAGUGGAAUCUCUCCUUCAGGCUUGAGACUUCUCAGUCGUGUCAUGAGGAAAACCCAGGCACACCAUCGGGAUACUGAGCUGAUUGCCAGCAUUAAUCGUGCCCUCGAAACGGGGAAGCCCAUGCCUCGGUCGACAUUAGUGCAUAGCCUGGAAAUUUUAAAGCCGUUUCAAGAUCAAUCCGCAAUUCAGCCUCACACCCCUGAGCAGGUGACACAAGCACAGUCACAAAAACGGAAACGAGCCGCAAGUCAGUCUGACACGCGUGAGCAUGUGACACAAGCAAACUCGCAAAAACGAACGCAGGCAGCAGAACUUUCACCAUCAAAACUCCCCCACCCAUCUGCUUCAACAACCUCCUCAUCCGAGAACCUCCCGGCACAGAUUCAAAAAAGAAGCAUAUUGGCCUCUGGGCCGACCCCCUUCAUGUCACGUCAAAUUUCGAAAGAUCUCCGCAAGGCGUUAUUUGACGUUUAUUGCCAAAAUGAAUAUCCCACGUUUCCAUUGAUUGAUUUGCCCGCGCUGAAAUCAUAUCAAGCUGACUUAGAACUGAACGAGGGGGGUAUUGAAGACUCACGAAUUGCCGUUUUGCUUUUUUGUUGUGCGAUUGCCUGUUUCAGAACAGAUUUUGAUCUUGCGUUCAAGCGUGCACAAUCGAUUUACCAAUCCGCGAUGGAAUGGAUGCCUUCAAUUGGGGAUUCUGGAGAUUUGUUACGUCUUGUGCAAUGCCAGGCCCUGAAGAGCCAGUAUCUCUGGGCAAGCGGUGACUUACUGGCUGCAUGGGAAGCAAUUUGUUUGGCGAUUAGAAUGGCUUACAAGUUGGGCAUCGAGCUCAAAUCCGACGUCAAUUUUGAUGCAGAAAGCCACAAAAUUCAAGUGGCAACACGUCUGUGGCAUAGCAUGCAAACUAUGGAGCGUUCUCUCACACUGGACAUUGGCACAAUAUACUGUGGUUUGGGCUCAGUGUUUAAUGUGCGUUUGGCCUCGAAGGAUUGGACCCAUGGAAUUCCAGGAGUAGCUGAAGACGACGACGAAACAGCUAUUCGCUUGCAUCAAGUUUUCGUUGAAUACUUCAAGCUACACACAUUUAUGGACAACCUGAGGGAGCUUGAGGGAGAUCUGCGGCUCUCAAACUCGCAAUGCGCCCUCGAGAAGAUCAAAGGAAUGGAUACCAGGGAUCUCAUGGAUAUCGAGGAAGAACUCAUAAGUUGGGACACUUCACUCCCCAUUUUUUUGAAAUAUGACUCUCUGCCCACUGGCACCGAUGUCCUGAUCGGUAGUCUACGUACCAGGCUGCGCCUGAGGUUCCUAUAUUUCAAACUUCGUCUUUACCGCCCCCUUUUGAUUAUUGGCGCCGCCCUUUGUGGAGGAUGUGCUAGCGAUGAAUGUGUCCAGAGAGAACAGGUUCCUCAUAUGAACUAUCAAAACGGAUAUGGAAAAAAUGGGCCAUCCCGUCUGGGGAUCGUCCGGGACGCUGCUAUCAAAUGUUUGCAGAUUGCAGUAUCACUGGCGGAGUUGCUGAGGGAAUCCAAGGAGUCUACUUCUUCCAAGCUGUCGCCAUGCGAAUACCUACACUACUUGUAUGCCUGCGCACUGGUCCUCAUUGCAGGCAGAGAGCUUCCUUUCACCGAAAAGGAAGAAGUGCUCAAUCAACACACCCUGGCAUUUGGCAGUAUCCGCUCUCUCAUUGAAGACAGCGAGAAAGAUAUUAGGAGCCUCCCAGAGAAUGUGAGCUUACUCUUCAGAAAAUGUUCAGAAGUUGUGACCAAACUUGAUCAGCAUGUUUGUCCCCCCAAAAUGCCGCGUUCGAUUGAUGAGCUCGGAUUUGAGAAAUCCGCAUGGCAAAAGCUUUAUGCCAGACUCAACCAAGAGCCUCCUCCACCGAAGGCCACGGGUAAUGGCCCCCGGCCUCCAUUCUUGCUCGGCUGGUAUGAAAGUCUCCCAACAGACAUGGUACUUUGA